UUUGGAAGUUAACAAAGAAAUACAUAUAACACUUACUUUAUAAGAAUACCUCUGCUUGAGUCACAAAGGCAAAACUUCGAUAUAUCGAUAGUGCCAUCGAUAUUAUCCCACCUCUACUUUCCUUUUGCGCCAGAAGUUCUUAAUAUUCUUUCUGUCAUGUCCAGCGGAGAGAGUGGUGUUUUUGUCGUUCGCGGCAGCGGCGAUUCGGUCAAGCAAGCCAUCAUCGAGGAGCUGCAAAAUUUGCUUAGUUCCGACACGGUUGUACUGCAACAGGCGGAAAAACGAAACAUGCAGCUGCAAUAUACAGAAGGGUAUGGCGUUUAUUUGGCGGAAAUCAUAAUGAAUCAAUCUCAUGAGCUUCCGCUGCGUCAAAUUGCUAUCAUUAUGCUUACACGUUACGUGGAAAACCACUGGACAGAUCUCGAUGACCGCGAGAAGGCAAGUGGCGGUGUAGCCAGUGAGCAAGCAAAACGUACAAUUCGCAACAUACUACCCAAUGGGCUCUACGAUCCCAAUUCGAAAAUACGCUCUUCUGUGGCCUGCACAAUAUCAACAAUAGCUGCCACCGAUUAUCCCCACUGCUGGGCAGAACUCUUUGAUAUUAUUGUAAAGUGUCUGAGCGGUAAUGAAGAUUCGAUUCAUGGAGCACUGCAAGUGUUACGCAAUUUCAUAUACGAUGUGGCACAAAUCAAGAAACUGGGACCAGUUGUCAUUCCGGCGGUGUAUCGCAUAUUCGACUCUGAGCAGAAUUAUUCAAUCAAGACGCGCGUUUCAGCUAUACGCACAUUGAAAGAGCUUUUUACGGACAUUUUAACCUUGAUUACUGACAAACAGGAGCAGAGUUCCAUGAUGAAUUCCAUACUCACUAAUUUCAUGAAUGAGUUCUUGCAUUAUCUAAGCAUGAAUUGCGGCGCUGGAUCGAGUUUCCUGCUGCGCUCUGAGAUUAUCGGUGUGUUUACAUAUCUGCCCAAGUAUAUAAAUCCGUUUAUGGAACGCAUCUUGCCAAUUGUCUGGCAGCUACUCACACAAAUUGCCGAUACCUACGUCAAGGUGUCCGUUAAUCAGACGGAACCGAAUCCGCUGGCCAGCGGAACCAAUGAAGAGGAUGACGAGCAGACCAACUUUCUUAUACAAAUUCUGGAAUUCAUCAACUGCAUUGUGACCUGCAGAAAACUUCGCGGCACCAUUAAGAAUGUGCUCGCUGAUUUGAUCUACAUCACCAUUGUUUACAUGCAACUCAUUCAAGAGCAGCUCGAAGAUUGGGAAGAAGAUCCCGAGAAGUUUGUGGACGACGAAAACGACGGUGGCGUGGAAUUAACUGUUCGCAUGUGUGGCCGCGAUGUAUUGCUGGCCAUUAACGAUGAGUUUGGUGUGAAAGCAAUUCAGCCGUUGCAGGAAGCGUUGGGGCGACACUUUAGUGUGGCAGAGGCAGAGAAGGCGGCCAACAAUCCCAACUGGUGGAAGAUACACGAAGCGUGUAUGAAUGCUGUACAUGGCUUUCGCGAUAUUAUACUCGAGGGCGAUUCCGAGUUUGAUUUACUCAACUAUUUAACGAUUGUGCGCAAUUUGCUGGUGCAUCAGGAAUCGCCGCAUCUCGUUGGUCAUGCGCUGUGUACGCUUAGCACAUACUCUAAAACGGACUUGUACAAUCCGCAGAUUUUGUCCGAGAUUCUUGACGUUACGCUCUGCAGCUUAUCUCCAGAGAAAUCGCAUAUACUGCGCAUCAGAGCUGUAAAAUCUCUAAACGGUUUUCUCUCCGCCAACGAGAAUGCUGAGGGAGAGCGACGCACAUUGCUGGUAUCGAAGCUUCCAGGAUUUCUGGAUGGCAUAAUGGCUCUCGUGCAAGGCCGCAAGGCCUCUGUAUUGGCCCUGUUAAUGGAAGCGCUUACCAUGAUGGUGAAGUUUGAUGCUGAUUUUGCCUACGCGGCGCAACCAAAGAUCACGCCGCUUACCAUUGCUGCAUUCCUCAAGUAUGCCGAGGAUCCAUACGUGCUGCAGAAUGUUCAAGAUUUGAUUAAGGCGCUAAGUCAGCAGAAACAAUGUCUUGGGCCACUACAGGAGAAGUUUAUACCGACCAUAGUAAGCAUUCUAGCCCUGCAGAGCGAGCAAUGCAGCGAGAAACAAGACAUUGCUUUGGAUGUGCUGAAUACGAUUGUUAGGAACUCCGAAGCGCCAUUGUCCAAUGCACUGAUUGAGACAGACAUCGCUUUGGAUGUGCUGAAUACGAUUGUUAGGAACUCCGAAGCGCCAUUGUCCAAUGCACUGAUUGAGACAGCAUUUCCUGCUGUGGUUAACUGCGUGAUGCAUACCGACGAUCACACAGUUAUGGUGGCUGGUGGCAAAUGCUUGCGUAGCUUUAUCAACGUUUCGCCAGAGCAAAUCUUCAGUUACAAGAAUGGUGAAGGCGUCAACUAUGUGAUGCAAGUGGCCACAGUUCUUUUGAAUCCCAUGAAUACCGAAAUGACUGCCGGUGGACAGAUUGGACGUCUUGUUAUUACCAUCAUUACCAAAAUGGGCAAUAUGCUGGGCCAAACGGUUGACAUGUUACUGAAGGCCGUCAUUAGCAAGAUGCAGAACCUCGAGUGCCUAGAGGUUAUUAUGAAUUUGGUGCUGAUAUCCGCUCAUCUCUUUUUAACCCAAAUGGACUCGGUGCUAAACUUUCUUUCCACUGUGCCUGGACCCAAUGGUGAGCCUGCUCUGCAGUUUGUGCUCACCAAUUGGUUGUCACGCCAAAACUCCUUUGGUGCCUACGAACGCAAGGUUACCACGAUGGCACUUUGCAAACUGUUCGAGUAUGGCGUGGCUACCCAGGACAAUCGCUUGACCACCUACAAGGAAUUGGUGCAUGAGCCAAGUGGCAAUCGUGUGUGUACCCGCUCAGUUGCAUCCAGCUAUGAGAAAUGGGUUACCAUUCCAGCCUUGGUGAAGAUCUUUAAGGUGCUGAUAUCCGAGUAUCAGCACUUCCAGGAAAGUAAAAUUGAUGCCCCGCUUACGGACUCAGAGGAUGAAGUCAGUGGGGAUGAUGAUGCUCCUGGUACUGCGGCCAAGCCGCGCUAUGUAUCAGAUCUUUGCUUUGAAAUCGACGAAGACGAAGAUGAAGACGAAGUGGAGGGCGAACAAAUACUACAGGACUUGCUUAAGGAAUCAAACUACUCCAGCGAUAUUGGCGAUAAUCUACACAAAUUUUUAGCGAACUUCACCCAAAACGAACAUUUUCCCACGUUCUUUGAACAUCUCGACGAGGGCGAACGUCUCACUCUGCUGAACAAAGUGCAGCACAAAUAAAAA